AUGGGUCGGAAAAUUGACAUGAAAAAGAUAGAAGACGUAACAAAAUGUCAAGUGACGUUUUCAAAGCGUCGCAGCAGCCUCAUGAAGAAGGCGAAUGAAAUCGCGAUUUGCUGCGACGUUGAUGUCGCAUUUGUUGCCUUUUCGCCAUCUGGCCGGAUUAGCAAGUUCUGCAAUAAAAAACGAAUUGAAGAUGUGCUCCAUCGUUAUGUUGAUCUACCAGCAGAGAGUAGAUUGAGGGAGAUAGAUGAUGUUCAGAAUCUCGAAUUGCAAAUUAAAAAGAGUGGCCUAGAACUGCAAAUUUUAGAAGCAAAUCUCAGAGACUAUGAAUUGGAUCCGGAGCAGGAGCCUUCAUUACAUCUAUUGUCUUGGUGUGAGAGAAACAUUAAUCAUUCUCUCGAAAGAGUCCUAGCUAGAAAAUUGGAUUCAAGGGUGUUGCAAAACCAAGAUCAUGAGAUUUCUUUUUCUUCAAAUUUAAUGGAGAACGAGCUCAAUUCAGCGAUAAGUCCAUUAUUGAGUGCCAAAGUCCAAGUUCAAGGUAUAAUAAAUCCGGAUCUGGAUACACCCAACACAUCGAACCUUCCUAUCUCGUUUCAAAAUUCUCAACAGGCAACGUUUUCAAAUGCAUUCUACAAUUCCAUUCCUAACUUAAGCAACAUGCCACCUCCAAGAUCUACUCCAAGCGCAAUAUUUACAGGUUAUGGCAGCACGCAAUAUGCAACAUGCAACUUCACUAAUAAAGAUGAUACGAUACAAACUAGCUCGCAAUAUGCAGCUUGCAACUUCACCGAUAAGGGUGAAGAGACCAGCCAAUCAAACAUAUUGAAUGGUUCAAAACAAGAGGGUACUUCGGGAGACAACACUUGUUGGACAUCCAAGAUUCAGAAGAGCAGCUUAUGGGAGUGGGAAGACUUGCUUAUUGAUGACAAUUUUAACAUCGGAAUUUCAAAAUAA